AUGGUUGCUAUUCCAGGAGGAGUGUUUACAAUGGGCACAGAUGAGCCUGCAAUACAGCAAGAUGGAGAAUGGCCUGCUAGAAGAGUCCACAUUAACAGCUUCUACAUGGAUCAGUACGAGGUCAGCAAUGAGGAAUUUGAGAGAUUUGUGAAUUCUACUGAGUACAUUACUGAGGCAGAGAAAUUCGGCGAUUCCUUUGUGUUUGAGGGAAUGCUGAGUGAAGAAGUGAAGGCUGACAUCCACCAAGCAGUUGCAGCUGCUCCUUGGUGGUUGCCUGUGAAGGGAGCCAACUGGAAGCACCCAGAGGGUCCUGACUCUAGUAUCUCCGACAGAAUGGAUCAUCCAGUUCUUCAUGUUUCCUGGAAUGAUGCUGUGGCAUUCUGCACAUGGGCAGGGAAGCGGUUACCAACUGAAGCUGAAUGGGAAUACAGCUGUCGAGGGGGCCUCGAAAAUAGACUUUUCCCAUGGGGCAACAAGCUUCAGCCAAAAGGUCAACAUUAUACUAAUAUCUGGCAGGGAGCGUUCCCAACUAAUAACACUGCAGAAGAUGGAUACAAAGGAACUGCUCCUGUCACUGCGUUUCCUCCCAAUGGAUAUGGCUUGUACAACAUUGUAGGAAAUGCCUGGGAAUGGACGUCUGACUGGUGGGCUAUCCAUCAUUCAACGGAUGAAGUUCACAACCCUAAAGGACCCUCAUCAGGGACUGACAGAGUGAAGAAGGGUGGAUCCUAUAUGUGCCAUAAGUCUUACUGCUACAGGUACCGCUGUGCAGCCCGUAGUCAAAACACUCCUGACAGCUCUGCUUCCAACCUGGGGUUCCGCUGUGCAGCAGACACUUUGCCAGAGCUACAGUGA